AUGGGCUCGGCGGAGAGAGCGGUUAGUGGUUUGGUGGCGGAUGGAGUGAUUUGGACGAAAUCGCCUGGCAAAUCGUCUGCCGCCUCUCCAGACAGCCGUCUCAAAAUCCCCCUAUUCGUGCUCGAACCGAAAUCGACACUCGUCCGAAUGAUGUCUGUACUAAUCGAUAAUCAAUCAGUGACCCAAGAAAUUCAACGAGAAAUCGCGGAGAAUAUGAUCAGAGCAUCUGUCGGAUGGGUCUCCUCCUAUACGUUGCUUUGUCUCGUUUUGAGACUUGACGCACAGAAAAUUCGAGAACUGAGUCGUGGAGAGAGGAAGAUUGACGGACUGUCGAGUUACUUGCAGUCAGAAGUUGAGAGUAUUUGUCAGGCGUUGACAUAUAAUAAGGAAUUCUUCGAAAAUUUAAUGGAGAGAAUCGCAUCGCCUGAUAUCGAGCCGACGGACGCGAUAAUCUGUAAAACCGUCGAACGAUGUCUCCUCGAUUUUGUCCGUUUCUCAUCUGAACUUCUUGUUCAUUGUGGUCUUCUGGAUACGCAAAUCGCCCAAUUCGUUCAUAAUACAGACGUUGCAUUGAACGACGCGUUGGCUAUCAUGUCGAUAAACCCCGCCCAACUGAAUCUACCCGGAAAAGCGCAUUAUUGGACGAAAGCGUACAGAAACAACUUGACGUGGAUGACGAGUUUGAAUAAACAUGUGAGUUGGCAAUUUUCAUUAUUAUUUUUCAAUACAAAAAAUAGUUAA